CUGAUUAGUUUUGGUUAGACUAUCUUUGACAACCAACUUUACGAAUAUGAGAAAGUUGAUCCAGUUCAUUUAAUGUCACUUUGCUUGUUAUGUAAGCCAAAUUCUACUCAAAAUUAAGUAAACUGAAGUGGCUCCGAUACAUAAUAACAUAUCGACUAUUAUCAAAGCAUGUCCUAUCACAUCAAUGAGGUCAAUCCUGAUUAUAUGGCAGUUUCAAGUCUACUACAAGAUACCAACACUGAAGAACUUAAGCGACUUCUAAGUGAAGAUCAAGAAUUGAAUAAAAUCGUUAGAAAUUUACAACAGGUAAAGAAUAUUGAGGCAGAGAGGGAAAUAUUGUUAGCCAGUAACAAAAGUCUUGCCGAGUUCAAUUUGAAUCAAGAACCUGUUUUGCUCAAAGCUCGUGAAGGAUUGUCCCAAGUAUAUUUAGAAGCCAUGGAUUUGAAAAAAGAAGUGGAGGAGAAUAAACAGAAAUAUGACGAAAUGAGCAAGCAAGAGUCACUAGACACAGUUUUGGCCAUUCUUCAGACUUCAGCAGCCCAAUCAGAAGAAGAAACAGAGAAAAUGGCUGAUGACUUGAAAAGAGGAGACUUACUUGUGGAAGAUUUUAUUGAAAAGUUUAUGGAGAAACGGAAAGUUACACAUUUACUUAGAGUGAAAGCUGAAAAAAUGGCUGAACUUCUUUCUAAGAAGAGAAACAUGACUUUCAAUGAAAAGAUGGAGAACCAAAUCAGAAUUCCUGUAUGUGCGUGCAUCUGUCAUUUUGCGGAAUAAAAUAACAAAAUAACUCCACAAUAUCUGGAAGAAGCAAAUAUGUUUUCCUUCUCGUGAAAAAAGAAAAUGCAAAAAAACGUGUAAGAUAAUGGUAUGCCUUGUAGUGUUUUCUUAAUUGAAUUGUACAUUCAAUAUUCAUAUAUAUAUGUAUGAGCUUACAAGUAUUGGUAUAAUUUAUAUACACUUGUAAACGGAAAGAAAUAUCCAUUAAACAAAACAAAUAAUCAGUGUCAUAACAAAUAUUCUUUGUAUAUAACCAUAACACUGUAGACAAUGUUAAGCAGAGUUUUUUCAGAUCAGGCAAUGAGAAAAAUAGAACAGGAUCUGGUUAGAAGUGCAAAAAUUAGUUCAUCAAAAAUGGAAGUUCUAAACAGUCAUGCUACUAAUGUAAGAGAACACUUAGCAUUGACAUCACUGGAUAAAAUGAAGGAUUAGUCCUUUUUAUACUUGAUUUAAAAGUGAUAAACAUUUUGUCAUCUUGUUCAAGCUCGCACAGAGAUUUAUAAUCAACUGUUAUUAUAAAUGGAAAGUAGAUUUUUUUCACAAAUGUAAGAUCCCUGAUCUAUGUGAAUCUAUUCAGGUGUGCCUAAACAUGCUCUGCAAUCAGCAGUAGACUGUGCUAAAAUGUCGACCAAUGAGUAUAUCUCAGCCCACUUAGUGAACUCGUGGAUAAUGACCAGCACAUAAUGAUUACCCCAUUCAGUCUUAGGGAGAACUAACAAUUCUUUGCUGAAUUCACCUUGUCUAGACCAGUCUUUUCUUGAGGCUGUAAAUGUGAUGCAGUGCUGGUAUCAGGGCUGAA